CACCUGAUUUUCGACAGAUAUACGUCAAAAAAGUCACGAUCCUCAGACGAAAGUCAAUAAUCACAUGACAUUUAUAGGUUGAAUUUAUUUUAGGACUUUAAAAUACUAGCAAAAAAUGGCAAUUUGCGGGCCCAAACUGUCUCUGUGUGGUCUGAUUAUCAGUGCGUGGGGCAUUAUUCAGUUGGCCCUUAUGGGGAUUUUCUACUGGGUUGAAGCGGUUGCCCUAGCUGAAGAUGUUCCUGAAGUGGAAAAAUUCACGUCGUUGGAGGACUUUUACGCGCAGAUGACCAAUGGGUAUCAACAGAACGCCUACAAUUGCUGGAUAGCAGCUCUAUUAUAUCUGAUCACUUUGGCUGUAUCGGCCCAUCAAUUCUGGCUCAACAAUAGGUCAUCGUUGAGCGUAUAAAACUCUUCCCCAUCCCAAAAAUCCAAACAAAAACAGUUCAGACUUGUUCAAGUAACAUAAAUCAUCAACCUGCAACUUAACAUCCACCAACUGUCAGUAGGAACAAAAAAUAUGGUGUAAAUCUUCAUUUGAAGCCCUUGGCUUCUUUGGUUACCACAGCCUAGAAACAUCAAGUUGUGGAAUUCUCUUAGAUUUAUUUAAUGUGUAAAACAGUAUUUUCAAUUCUUCAUUCCAAGAUUAGGCACAUAAGGUAAACAAUUGUUAUGUUAAUAUUAAUUAGUUGAUAUAUGUGGCAUAGCACUCACCCUCCCUGUAAAUGUUCGCUAUGCUCGUAGUUUUGCUGUGCAUAUUUAUUUCUUAAAUCCCAAAUUGUGCAUUGUUAAUUGUAAAUAGAGGACAUGCAAUUGGUAGGUCUAGAUAGUUCAAUAAAACAAAAUUAUUUAA